CGGGCCGGGCUGCCGCAGCCGCACCUGCGCCUGCGCCACCGCCCCCGGGCCCGCCGUCCCCCCCCCGCUUUGGUCCCCCCCCGCGGCCGGUAAGUGCCGGCCCCGCGGGGCGACCCGCGGCUCCUUCGGGCUGGUGGCGAGCAAGGGGCGAUGAGCGCCGGCAGCGCCUGACCCGGCGAGGGGUGGGCGGCACGCUGCGGCUGUGGGGGCCUGCGGCGGGAGGGAGCCGCCUCGGCAGCGCCGCGGAGGGCUGAGCAGAAACAUCGUGUGAUGUUGGUGAUCCUGAGAAGUGAGAAGUGUUGCGUGUUUAAGGGUGGAUGCAGUGUACCAUCCGCGUACAGCUUGUGUAACUGACGGGUUCAGCGCUGUCGGUGUUCAGUGCCAGUCUCGCUGCGAAAGAGAAGCAUCGUGGAUGUGAGCAUCCAGGAGGGUCACAGCCAGGACGUCUGCUUCUCUCCCAGGCUCUGUCUCUAUACAAAAUACCCGUGGUGUCUCCGGGCUCUUUAAGGGUGACUGCGCCUCAGGAUGGCAACAUCAAACCUGGAGAACCAGCUACAGAGUGCCCAGAAGAAUCUCUUGUUUCUCCAGCGAGAACAUGCCAACACGCUGAAAGGCCUGCACGCGGAGAUCCGACGCCUGCAGCAGCACUGCACAGAUUUAACCUAUGAGCUGACUGUAAAGAGUUCAGACUUGUCAGGAAAUGGUAGUUCAAGAAGUGAUGAACUCAAAAGGAAGUGUGAAGAUCUUGAAGCUCAGCUGAAAGCCAAAGAGGCUGAAAAUAAUGAAUUAUUGAAAGAACUUGAACAAAAGAAUGCGAUGAUAAUGGUGCUGGAAAACACUAUUAAAGAAAGAGAAAAGAAGUAUUUGGAAGAGUUAAAAAUGAAAAGCCAUAAGCUCAAUAUGUUGUCAAGUGAACUAGAGCAGAGAGCGAGCACUAUUGCUUAUUUAACUUCUCAACUGCACGCUACUAAGAAGAAGCUGAUGAGCUCAAGCGGGACUUCAGAGGGGACCCCUUCUGGCAGUCCCGUGUUGUCCAACUAUAAGCCGUCCCCUCCCAAAGAUAAACUGCCGGAGACUCCACGACGCAGGAUGAAGAAGAGUCUGUCGACACCACUCAACCCCGAGUUUGAAGAGGCCUACAGAAUAGGAUCGGAGAGCCGGAAGCUGCUGUUAAGAGAGCCUGUGGAUGCCAUGCCUGAUCCCACUCCGUUUCUGUUGGCCAGGGAAACGGCAGAGGUACAUCUUAUUAAGGAGAGGCCGUUAGUUAUCCCACCUAUUGCUUCAGAUCGUGCAUCUGGCGAAUCGCACAGCCCGGCCCGAGAGAAGCCACACAAGGCACACAUUGGGGUGGCGCAUCGCAUCCACCACGUCGCGCCAUCCCAGCCGCAGCCGGAGGUUGAAACGCUGGCAGUGGAUCAGGUCCAUGGAAGCAAAGUGGUCAGAAAGCACUCAGGGACAGACAGAACUGUUUGAGUAAAAUCACUGAAAUGCUCUACUCUGUUGCUGUUUAUGCACUGUGAUCCUGUAGGAUAAAUAGCACCUGCAGUAAAGUUUCUUUUGAUGCCCCAUGCAUGCCAAACUUCUUCCAGAUACAUCAUUCUAGAUUAUGCUCCUCUAAUGAAACCUAAUACGACUGUGUUCAUAUGGCGAGGUAUAUAACUACUAAAUGCUGUGGCCAAAUCAGGGGUACCUGACUGCUUGCUUCUGAGCACUGCUCCAUUUAUUGUAACUACACGUGUGGACAAAGGCACAGGCUGCAGGCUGCGUUAUUAAUAUUAGUGAAAACAAACUUAACUCUACACCUGCAGCAAUAUGUAGUGGCUGUUAAUGUUUGAACUACCAGUGGUUCUUUUGUCUUCACUGUGUAUGUAAGGAUCCGUACACAAACACUAACCUCCCUGACAAAGCCUUUCUCACAGUAGCAUUGAAAAUGACGCAGAUGUACGUACACUGUAAAACGAACUAAGGCCAUCUUUUCCUUCACGUGACGCUCUCGAUUGCAAAUCGUGUUCAUAGUUUCUCUUUCUCAAAAUCCCGAGAGUCCCAGCAAGCAUUACUUGAUUAAUGUUAAAUACUUUGGUUUGUGGCUUUAAGCGGAAAAAAAAAAAAGGGGAGGGGGGAAUAAAGCACUCUCUUAAAAGGUUAAUGAUCCUCAUAGAAAGAGUAUAAACACUGGAUUGUUUACGGUUGCUUUUUUUUUUUUUAAAUUGAAUGGCUCCAUUCCACAUUU